UGCGAUUCCUUGUAAACAAUUGUAACUUUUAUUGUGAGUACGUAGUAAUAUUUAUAGAUAGGUAUAUCAAAUAAUAUAUAAAUUAAUAAUAGCGUCUCGGAAAAUGGGGCGUGGUACUACGUGUUGCUGUGCUCAUUAAUGUUAGCUUUAUGCUAAUUGGACGUCAGGUUAGACCAAUGAGCAUGAGGACAUUUUAGUUGCUGGAGGGGCCCAAGUCGGAGCUUCUGGGUUAUUGGAAUUUCACGACAUCAAUAAAUUGAUCAAACAAAAGUGUCGAGGUAGGUUCACUCAAGAUCGCUUCAAAAUUGAUAUUUUGGUAUUUUGCGAUGUUAAAUGUUUCUAUUAUGGGACGAACAUUCAGAGCCAAAGCUCCACCGUCACUUUUUAAACAAGGUAAAAGUCUGUCAAAAUGGCGGGCUUCGCUUUCUCCGUUGUACGUCUAAUUAAAAAUAAAAUUAUCACUGUCUGCGGAACCUAAACAUGAUGUAAACCAUAUGAACUUAAGUAAUAAGUAGUAUCGUGUGUUGUGAUUGAUUAGGAACAUAAAGAGUCAAGUUCAAGGUGGCGUUCAUGAGUUUCAAAAUGGCAACUGACGAACUUUUCUUGUCCUCGUUUUACGGUCGGUCUUGUGUCAAUGAUGAUGCGGGAAAUAGCAGCUUUUCCGAGUCAGGUUUUAGUCCUCAGGAAGAGGGAGUGGCGGAGUUCAAACUCGGGUCUCCCACUGCUCACAGUGACCCCUAUGAACUCAUGAAUUGUGCACUGAACAACAUCAAGAGCAGGAAAACCACUGAAAAACAUGAAAUUGAGGAGGAGAUUGAUUUGCAGCGUUUAGUGUCUAGUAUUUUGGAUGGAGGUGAUGAGAUCCAGAGUGGAUUCUACAAUAGCGGAAACCCAUCUCCUGCUAAUGGUCUUUGGAGUCCCAAGACAUUGAGAGAAGACUUUUUACAGUAUCCUGGAGUUGAAGCGGAUGAUAAACUUCCUUACUCUCAUUCCAGUGACGUUUUCAUUCGAUCUCAAGUGGUGUCUCGAAAUGAGCAGUUUCUCCAGAAGCUCAGUGGCAUUUCUGCUCAUCCUCACUGGCCAAGUAGUGUUCAUAAUGGAGACAGAGAUAACUAUAGCAGUUACACAAAUGGAUUGCCACCAGUUCUUCCCAUUCCCAAAACAGUGAACCACAUCCCACCACAGACACUGGAGAGCAACCAUGAGCCGUCAGCCGAUUUGUACCCAUCAAAUGAUUGGCCCUUUAAUUUUAACAACUUCCCUCAAAUCAGCGAUGCCUUUCAGCUCCAAAACAAGAUGAACAGACCAUCGCGUAAUCAUUACAAGAGCGCCAUGAGUGCAAAGCCCAUUCAUGAUAAUCAGCAAGACAUGCCGGAACACAUGAACCAACUGGUUAGCGGUUUGCACUCUUUCUUGGCUGAUGAGUCUAAUCAAGGACGCUAUGGAUGUUUUCCAAACAUAGAACGAGAGACAGAAUACCCUGAAGACAGCAUACUUGAGCAACGGAAAUUCCCCAGCCAAUCAAUGCCAAUAUUACGCGAAAAACAGCUGGAGGGAGAAUUUUGGGGCCGAGAUAUCAAAUCAGCAUUUAAGCGUAAGGAUGUUCAAGAACCUUCGUGGCUGGGUAAUGAAAUUGCUGAAUAUUCCCCGCAACUAAAGCCCGUCUCACGAUCUUUAAAUCCCCCAAAUCACAAUAUUAUAAAUGGGAACCAGUACUCCAAUCUCCACUCCAAGCAGGGGCAGUACAAGAUGAAAUCACUGAUGCAGAAAGAAACAAAGAUGUCUGGCUUCUUUGAAGAGAGGCCGCAAACCAUCGCUCGCGUGGCGGAGACACACAGGAGACCACAUGUUGUCCAUCGGGGCGGCAUGGAGAGAUUUAAUGGAGAAAACAUCAUGGGGAAGAACGCGCAGCUAUACAGACCUCUCGCUCACGUCGACAGUAGCCCCACAAGGUUCACCCAGCUGCCUCUCAAGUCUCAAAAGGACACAACGCCUCAUGGAAGAGGUCCCGGCAUGAUUCCCGCUGCGGGGACGACUGUAAACAGCCCCGCUGCAUUGUACAGUCGGCUCAAGGGCGCCGAGGCUCACAAUGGAGAGAGCACUUGUAAAGACGGGAACUCUCCUCUGGCAGCUUUACUGCAAAAGAAUGCAGAGGGACUUAUCAUCCAGUUUUACCUCCAUCUGGAUGAAUGCUCUGACCAGUUAGGCUAUCUGGAAGGGGAGAGGAAGACGGUCGAGGUCAUCCUGGCCAAAACAUUUCCGGGCAAAUGGACACCAUUGUCGCCCCUGACACACCCACCCGGACUUGCGCUCAACCCAAACAGACUCGACUCUCUCAUCUUGAAUCAGAAGAGGGAGCAGGCCAACGUGAAUUGGCUUUUGUACAACAUGGAGUACCUGAGCAACGUACCUCUCCAUGAUGCCAUUCACAUGGCGCUGAACAAUCAUCAGCAGGCCUUAUCUUGCGUCCAGGCAAGAUGCGGGAAAAAGCUUGCCAACGUGUCCGAGCGUCAGUGGCUUGAACCUCCACUCACAGAGGACCAAGACCGCGUGCUGUCAGUCAUCGCCCUGAAGGAGCUUGCCGUGACCACCAAGAAGCUCCGUACAAGCCUUUGGUGUGCUCUCCAGAUGUCCAUGCCCACUCCCGUCAAGAGGCCGGAGGAAGACCCCAAUGCCAACAGGGAGAUCCGUAUCGCUCUUUGGUGUUCUCUCUUGAAGGCUGCCGUCCUGCCCAGUCAGUAAGCCCGAAGACCACAUCGACACAAACGGGGAGUUGUGUCGAUGUGCCCUUACGCUAUUACGUUGUAAUCUAGCGCGACAACACCCAGUCCAGUUAAGAAGCACUCACAGAAUUAAUCAAAUCAGAAAAAAGCCCCGUGAGCACCAAGCUAAAAUUUGAGUCAAGGUAAUCAGCAGAGCAUGAGAUGAGCAAAUUAAUAAUCAAGGGUCCUUCCUCAAUUAAUUCAAAUGCAUCUGUAACAAAACAGUAUUUAAAUUAACUAUUUAUGGGAGUUCUUUAAAAUCAUUUAUUGGCUUGUACGCUCCUCUUAAAACUAUUUGAAUCCAAAAUUAUGCAGAUAUUCUGCUGUGAACAUUUUUUUUUCUUUUAAUCUCAAAUCGAUUAACCAUUUGGACCGGAAUAUUAAAAGUAAUUUUAAUUACUGUUUAUGUCAUACCACCAUCAGUGAAAUAUCACAAAGUCAAGUUGAGACAUGCAGCAUGUCAGCCACUGCUCUGGAUAAGCCGGGCACGAGUUGAAAUAUAGAAAGAUGUUUUAUCUUCUGGAAAUGGCCGUUUGUUGUGUUAGCUGAGUUCACUUUCCUCAUUCGUCAAUCACAACAUUUUAGAUGUGAUAAGUGUCUUGCUAGUAUUCGCAUGGUUCUGGGCCUUGUAUUUUUCUCAUUUCCAGUCAUAAUGGUUCGAAAGUGUUCUCCUGUUUGUACAACUGAAACAUUUCAAAUAAAAGCAAUUGCAAUCACUCCAAAAGUUUAUUACCUUAAAAAGACAGAAUUUUAAAACAAAGCCUCUUGUGUUUGUUCUUAGUCUCGCUCAUAUCUUUUUACGAUAGCACGUGAUUGGAUUUCAAGUUUUGUUAACAAAAA